AUGAGCAGCCUGGCCAGCAGCGUGCUCGGCAGCGCCUGGAGCUCGCGCCUCACCUCGCGCAGGUCAUCCGCCGCCGUCUCCCCCGUCCUCUCUCGACGCGAAUCGUUCUGCGCGCCGCCACCCCCCCGCGCGCACUUCACCCCCACCGCGACGCCGGCCAACAGCCCGCUGCUCGGCUCGCCGGAGUCGUCGCCGCCGCCCACGCCGCGGCCCGGCGACGCGCCGCCGUCGCUCCACGCGCUAAUAGCCAGCGGCACUUCCAUACUGAGGCGGAGGUAUCUUGGGGGCACCUCGCCCGCGUCCGACGGCUCGCCCGCGCCGCUGGCGUUGCAGACGCCAGGCUCUCUGUACACAGGUCUAGUACAUCGUAGUCCAAUGGAGCAGCUGACGUGUCUCAAACGGACGCUGCGUUCACCAGCGGAGCGUCCGCCCCAAGAGCGGGAGGCCGAGGCGCCCAUGGGAGUCCCCGCGCAUCCUGGCGAGGGAGCCCUAGAGGCCACGCCGAGCACCUCCCGCAGGCCGGCGCGGGGGCGCGCGCCCCGGCCCCGCGCCGACCUCGGCACGGUCGACGCGCCGCCCCCCGCGAGCCCCGCCGCCAGAUCAUCCCCCCUAGGGACGCUCAGCCUUCUUUUCGGACGGAAAGGGGGCCUUCUGUAG